AUGGAAAGGCGAACCGUCUCUUGGCCGGUUUCUCGGAAUCGGAACACACCGUUCGUCAUGGACCGAUUGAGCCAAGAAGUUCAAGAGAUUCUUGGCGCCGAACGAAUCAACGACGACUCGAACAUAGCAGACGUAUGGGAAGCGCUGGAGGAAAUCUCCGCCAAGGCGCACGAUAUAGUCACGCUCAAGCGCACAUUUUGGAGCCGGGUGCAGAGUACCAAUGAACCCGCCGACAGUUACGCCGCUGCGGUUCGACUCCUUACCGCCAGGGCGUUUCGCGAGUACCCAGGCACCUGGUCGAUGCAUUACUCCAAGCAACGUAAUCAGAUCGCCCGAGUACCCCGAUCCGGCCAGUCAGAGACCGUGGCAAUCCACAUCUCCAUUCAGCACACUCCGCACGCAAUGCUCACCGGUCGAGAACUCCGGCUGCCGACAUAUCUAACUCUCCCUGUGAUGCCUCCAGACCCGCUACUUGCAACGGAGUUCGCCUGGAAGCUGCGGCAUCAUCUCGGGCGGGCACACGAAUUGACACGGAAACAUCUGGCAAGUGCCCAUCGUUCUCAGGAGGAAUGUUACGAUCACAAAGUUUCCGGACAUCCAGUGCAGCCGGGAGAAUCAGUGUUCCUUCAUCAACCCAUUCCUCCAACAGGCCGACGAACAAAACUACAUAAAGAAUGGGCGGGGUCGUACGUGGUACAAGAGGUUCUCUCAGAAACCAUCUGCCGAUUGAAACCAGCAAUUAGGGCGUCGGAUAGUACCCGCUUACUACGAGACAACCUGUCUGUACCAGAAGUAGGUGCCGAGAAGGAAGUUACGACAGCCGACCAGGAAGAAGGCCUUGAAAGUGCUAUGGACAGCACUUGUCUACCCGGAGGAGGGGAUGAUGUACUGGCGAUAGUACGCUAG